UUUCCUGAUGUGAUCCAAUGUAUCCAAUUAUAAAGAAUAAAGUCCAUAUAGUUAUCACUUUCGUAUUAGUGGAUAUAUAGCAGUCAUGAGAGGAAGAGAGAAUUGAGAAGAGCAAAUGGAAGAAAGCAAAGGAAGAGUUUGUGUCACAGGAGGAACAGGUUUUAUUGGUUCAUGGAUCAUCAAGAGGCUUCUUCAAGAUGGUUACUCUGUUAACACCACUGUAAGAUCAGAUCCAGGUAUAGUAGGACACAAGAAGGAUGUUAGCUUUCUUACAGGCUUACCUGGAGCAUCCCAAAGGCUACAAAUUCUUAGUGCUGAUCUCAGCAAUUCAGAAAGUUUCAGUGCAGCCAUUGAAGGGUGCAUUGGAGUUUUCCAUGUUGCUACCCCAGUUGACUUUGACUUAAGGGAACCAGAGGAAGUAGUGACCCAAAGAUCCAUUGAUGGUGCACUUGGCAUUUUGAAGGCAUGCCUCAAUUCCAAGACUGUGAAGCGAGUUGUUUACACCUCUAGUGCCUCUGCUGUGAUUUACAAUGGCAAAGAAGAGGAAGUAAUGGAUGAAAACUCUUGGAGCGAUGUUAAUUAUCUUAGAACUUCAAAGCCAUCUGGUUGGUCCUAUAUGGUUUCAAAGACAUUGACAGAAAAGGCAGUGCUUGAAUUUGGAGAACAAAAUGGAUUGGAUGUUGUCACACUAAUUCCAACUUUUGUUUUUGGACCCUUCAUUUGUCCAAAGCUUCCUAUCUCAGUUGAUGCCAUAUUGAAUUUUGCAUUUGGCAAAAAGGGAUCAUUUGGUUUGCUAGUUCAGACACCUAUGGUGCAUGUGGAUGAUGUGGCUAAAGCGCACGUAUUUUUGCUGGAGCAUCCUAAUCCAAAAGGGAGGUAUAAUUGUUCACAAUGUUUGGCAACUUUUGAAAGCAUAUCUGAACUUGUUUUUGCCAAAUACUCAAAAUUUCAACAGCCAACAUUAGACUCUUUGAAACAAAUUGAAGGUGUCAAGGUACCAGAUUUAUCGUCAAAUAAGCUACUAGAUGCUGGAUUUGUGUUCAAGUAUGGAUUAGAGGAAAUGGUUGAUGACGCAAUUCAAUGCUGCCAUGAAAAGGGUUACCUAUAAGAUAAUUGUGUGGUUUUUCUAUGGUUUUUAUUUUAUUUUAUUUAUGUCAGGAUAUGCUUAUCCAUAUAUAAUAAGACAAUAAAUAUCUAUGUACUAGAUGGUUGUUUAAGCUAAUAAUUAGGUCUUAAAUGAUUCACAAUAGAAACUGAUUAUCUCAAGUCUAAAUUUUCUAUGGUUUGUAUUGAAACAAAUUAAAUAAUAAUAAUAAAAAAGUUGUGUUAAGAAAUAAAUUCCA